UUAAGUGUUUACGUCUGCUGUUUCUAGUCGUAUCGGUUGUGGUUGUUGUUGUGCAAUUAGUUUUUAAGUGAACUAUGAUCUUAUUAACGUUGUGAUUUACGCACUCGGCUGUAGCGGCUUCUGUUCAAAUGUAAAUGCACCCCAAUUCUUAAUUUAUAAAGGUAUAGGUGCUGAUGGCCUACUACUUCAGUGAUAACAUACACACUAAAUCACUAACUCCAAGAGAACACCAGGUUGAACUUCUUGAUGCUGCAAAAGAGCGAAACAUAAUUGUAUGUCUUUGCUCGAGCUCUGGGAGAGUAUUCAUAGCAACAAAGUUAAUCCAGGAAUUUUCAAAUGCAAUACGAAGGCCAAUUAAGAAUGGAGGCAAACGUUCAGUAUAUCUUGUGGACAGCAUGGCACUGGUGGGACACCAAGCAACCUACAUCAAUAACUUGACAGAUUUAACUGUUGGUGAAUACAGUGAAUUCUCAAGUGUAACCGAUUGGGAGAAAGAAUUAAUGGAAAAGCAGGUGCUUGUAAUGACAAGUGACGUUUGCAAUGAUGUCAUCAGUAAUGGCAUUCUUAGGAUUGAGGACAUAAAUGUGCUUGUGCUUGAUGAAUGUCACAAUGUUUUACAGAACCAUCCAAUGAGAAGGGUCAUGCAGUAUGUGUCAUUGUCUCCGAAAAGACCUCGAAUUCUGGGACUUACAGCACCAAUCUUCAACAGUACAGCAGAUCCUGGUCGCUUGGAAGGUGAAAUGCAGAGAUUAGAAGCUGCACUUCUCAGCACAGCAGAAACAGCAAGUGACAUUGUUUCAGUACUAAGGUAUAGCACAAAACCAAAAGAAUUUGUUCUGGAAUGUGCGCCUCAUCAACCAGGUGAAUUAGAUAACACUUUAGAGGAUAUCGUCACUGAUGUGUUAAACUUUAUUCAGGAUCAUCGAUACGAUCCAUUAGAAGUGUAUGAUGAUGAAUUUUUUGAGGAGUUGAAGGAUAUUCCUGACCCGAAAUCUGAUCCACUAAAAAUCCUCAACGAAUUCUUAGAUGUGCUACACACACUAGGCCCAUGGUGUGCUGACAGAGCAGCAUUCUCACUUUUGCUGCAUGUAGAAAAACUAAAAGUGAAGACACCAUAUGAGAGGCAUUUUCUUUUGCUGUGUAUGAUUUCAACUGUACUUGUGAAAAUUCGGGCUGUAUGUGAUGAUUACUUUAAGGGCCUCCCUGAAAAAGAAAAGAUACUAAAGUUUUCUUCACCAAAAGUACUUCGUCUCUUAGAAAUCAUCAAGCAGUUUAAACCUGUCCGAUGUCUUUGUGUUAGAGAAGAAAAUCAGUCUGUAAAAGACACUAAAAUAUGCACUGUUCCUGAAUGUUGUGGUGUGAUUAAAAACAGAGAAUUUCCAGAAGAAACUAUUUCUGUAUUAAGUUAUGACAGAUCUUUACUCCUGUCACUAAACUUUUCGCCAAGUGUUGAUGCAAUCAAAAUUCAGAAUAAUGUGAAAUGCAAAGACUUAUCCUUCAGUAUAUGUGAUACAGCUGAAUGCCAAAGAAUGUCCAAUCACAUAUAUGAUAACAACAGCAUGAACUGUUUUAUAAAGCAUCGUUCAUUUCCAAUUUGCAUAUACAACUGUUCUCUACGGACUUGUGGGGAUGAAGACAUUCACGGAAAGCAUGUCCACAUGAAUGGUAGUACUCUGAAGAUUGUUAGUGAACAAUUUUCAAUAGCCAAUGUGUUAAGAAAUGUUUGGAAUUCGUGUAGGAGGAGCUUGCAUUCCAGUUCAGAAAGUUUGUGUCAUGUUGAACUAAAUAAACUGUCUCCUGUGAGCUUAUUAAGAACUUUGCAUAUCAAUAAUUGUGACUGUAUUCACUGUAAAUACCAUGCUUAUGUUUCCUUACAUGAGGGAUAUAGUGAAGAAAAUAAUGUGGAUGAAUGUGUUGUUAGUGUGCUGACAAAGAAUGACGUAUCCACUUUCUGUGAGAAUUUGAGUAGUGAAGUGUCUUUAAAUAAUACAUUGACAAAAUCAUAUUUUGAUAACUAUGAUGAUCAGAAGAGUGAGCCUUCCACUCCCUGCAGAGCAGUGAUUGGAAGAGGACGUUCAUCGAAACAACUACGAAAGGCUGGACCUGGGUCUGGAAAGUUCGAUGUUCAAGGCAGAAAUUUCCGAAGUGCCUUGCAGGAUGACGCAGAUGCACUUUGUGGCAUAGUGUUCGUUGAGAAGAAAUUCACAGCUAAGAUCCUGUAUCACCUUUUAAAUGAAAUUCGUCGUAAUGAUGAAGAUUAUAGUUUUGUGGCACCACAGUAUACAGUUGACAAAGAAGCUGAUCCUUUGACAGAGCCUCGGGAAGCAGAAACUGAACACAGAAAACAAGAAGAAGUUUUAAAGAGGUUUCGAAUGCGAGAAUGUAAUCUCCUCAUUGGCACAUCAGUUUUGGAGGAAGGUAUAGAUAUUCCCAAAUGUAACCUGGUUAUUCGUUUUGACGUUCCUUCGAUGUAUCGCUCAUAUGUUCAGUCUAAAGGACGUGCUCGUGCUCAGGAUGCCUACUACUUAUUAAUGAUUGAAGAGAGUAGAACUGAAGACUUUGUUGAAAACUUGGCCCAGUAUUUUGAAAUUGAACAGAUGCUUCUUAGAAAAUGUGCCAAUAAAGAACCUUCAGAGGAAGAAGAAAUGGAAGCAGACAAAUGGACUGACAUGAUAGAAGCAUAUAGUCCGCCAUCAAGCCCAAGCCAUUCAUCAGUUAACAUGUCAACUGCUGUAGCAUUGGUGAACAGGUAUUGUGCAAAACUACCUAGUGAUACAUUUACAAGACUUUCCCCACUGUGGUCCCUGAAAAGUGAAGAAAUUGACGGAAAGACCCACUACAUUUGUACUGUGCGCCUUCCUAUCAAUUCUCCUGUGAAACACAAUAUUGUGGGUCUCCCAAUGCCUACGAGGGUUCUUGCACGACGCAUUGCAGCAUUAGAAACAUGUCGUAUUCUUCAUCAAGCAAGGGAGCUUGAUGAUAACCUCAUGCCAGUUGGAAAGGAACGUUUUCACAUACAUGAGGAAGGUGACCAAGUUGGUGACCCUGAUGACCCAGAGGACGUUGCUUCUCGUGAUUCAUUGGAGCCAAAGCCAGGAACAACAAAGCGCCGGCAGUAUUACUAUAAGCGUAUCUCUGAUGCUCUGACAGAUUGCCGUCCAGUUGCAGGCAAGCCAUCUUUGUUGUAUAACUUGGCAAUGGUGUUAACUUGUCCUUUGCCUGAGGAACAGAACACAAGAGGUAGGAAGAUAUAUCCUCCAGAAGACUCGCUGCAGGGUUUUGGGAUUGUAACAUCAAAGACUAUACCGAAGAUCUGUCCCUUUCCUAUCUUCACACGCUCUGGUGAAGUUAGUGUCAACCUAGAACUGUCAGACACAAAUGUGGUAUUAACAAAAGAGAAAAUUGGUAUGAUCGUAACAUUCCUGAAUUACACUUUCACGAGUGUCCUGCGACUGCAGAAGUAUCUUAUGAUGUUUGACCCACAGGCAUCAGAAAAUUCUUAUUUUAUCGUACCUACGAGAAAAAAAACCAAAGAAUCUCUGGCUGAAGUUGACUGGGAAUUUCUAGAACGUAUAUAUAAAGAUUGUGAUCUUCGUCCACAACCUAUUCCUCAGGAAGAAAGAGCGCAGUUCGUAUUUGAUGCUUCCAAAUACCAUGAUGCUGUAAUAAUGCCAUGGUAUCGUAAUCAGGAUCAGCCUCAGUACUUCUAUGUUGCUGAAAUUUGCUCUCAUUUGAAUCCCAAAUCAACGUUUCCUGGAUCUGAAUACAAAACAUUUGAUGAAUAUUAUUUCAAAAAGUACAAUAUCCAGAUACAAAAUGAUACACAACCACUUCUGGAUGUUGAUCACACAUCUGCAAGACUUAAUUUUCUGACUCCACGGUAUGUUAACCGGAAAGGGGUUGCUUUACCUACCAGCAGCGAAGAAACAAAAAAAGCAAAACGUGAAAAUCUGGAACAGAAGCAGAUUUUGGUUCCAGAGUUAUGUACUGUUCAUCCUUUUCCAGCAUCUUUAUGGCGAAAAGCUGUUUGCCUCCCAUGUAUUCUUUAUAGGAUAAACGCACUCUUACUUGCAGAUCAGAUUAGAUGUCAAGUAGCUAAUAAUAUUGCACUUGGCCAAGAGAAACUUCCAGCAGAUUUUGAGUGGCCUCCAUUGAAUUUUGGAUGGAGUCUAGCAGAUGUAUUGAAAAGAUCCAAAGAAAAUGCUGCUAAAGUACCUGAAAUCAAAGUGGUUACUUUUGGGCAGGAAACAGUGACAUCUAAAUUAAGUAAGACAAGUAAUGAAGCCGAAGUAAAAGAUAUUUACUGUGAGCAAAAGAAGAAGACUGCAAAUGAGAUCUUGACAGAAGAAGAGAAUAAAUUGUCUGGUGAAUGGAUGGAAAUUGGUACAUGGUCAAAUGACAUGGCAGAAAGAAAUCCAAUGGAAUCAGGUGAUAUUGAUGAAUUUGAUCCAAAUAUUGCUCUACCAUCAAAUUUAACAUUGCUUGGAAAUGAUUCGGAGUUAACAGACUUACAUAAUGGAGAAGGAAGCAGUGACUGGGGAACAGGAAUUGAAGCUCAGUUUGAAGGAAAGGUACGAUAUGGGUCACCAAGUAGCUGGAUGAGAGCAGACCAUUUUACUAAUUUUGAUGGUGACUGUAUAGGAUAUGAAUCAGAUGAAUCUUACAAUGAGCUUGUACAUGAAACAGACAGUUUUGACUGCAAUGCUUUUCAAGUACAUUCAGGAAUUAGAAUUGAAUUCAAAAGUGAUAAUGUUGCAGAGGCUGUAGAGGAUGAACCACAGACCAAGCAACCAGCUUUAAAAAGCAGCAGUGCAGUUGUGGCAACGAGUGUUGCAGCCAGUGAAGUGCCAUGGAAUUGGGACAUGGCAGUUGCAUUAGAUUCGCUUGUUAAUCAUUUCAGUAAUUCUGACAGUGACAGUAAAUCUGAUGCUGAAUCUGACAAAAUUACAGAAAUGUAUGCAAAUCAUUUUGAUGAAGCAACAAAGAAGAACAUAUGUUAUAUAAGAAAGAGUGGUAUACUAAUAAGAAAAGAUCAGCCUCUGGAGAUUGUGAGAUCCCUGUCCUCUUGUGCAGGGCAAUUUCAGAAUAUUCCUGUUGAAAUACAUAUACAAAGGUCUGUAAAUAGCAGUCUUCUGCAGAACAGCUUCUCACAUUCACAUUUUGUAGCUGGCUGUAAAAUAGUCUUCAAUGUAGGUAAACUUUCACUAGAUAAUGGCGAUGAUGACUUAGAUACCAAAGAAGCUUUAUACACAGCUGGUAGUGUAACAGUGUGUGACAGGAGAUUGUCAUGGAAUGUUGAUGGUGAUGAGGAGGAAGAUAUAAUUAGUAAAUUUAGUUUUGAUGCACAGCCAGAACUUGAAGGGCAUCCUGGUCCAAGUCCAAGUAUAAUACUUCAAGCAUUAACAAUGUCAAAUGCCAAUGAUGGAAUUAACUUGGAAAGACUGGAAACAAUAGGUGACUCAUUUUUGAAAUAUGCUAUCACAACGUACUUAUAUUGUACGUAUGACAAUAUCCAUGAGGGAAAACUAAGCCAUUUGAGAUCCAAACAGGUGAGCAAUCUUAACUUAUACAGGCUUGGACGGAGGAAAGUGUUUGGAGAAAGUAUGAUUGCUACAAAGUUUGAGCCUCAUGAUAAUUGGUUGCCACCAUGUUACUAUGUUCCUCGUGAAUUGGAACAAGCUCUUGUGGAAGCUGGUAUUCCUGCUAGUCACUGGAACCGUGCUGAUAUACCUAACUUAUUACCGUUGUCACGUGAGGAGAUAUGUGAGCUUGUUAGAGAACGCUGCAAUCAGUUUCAGCGUUGUAGAGAUUGUGAUGAAGGUGAAGUGUCCAUACGUGCAGAAGAGUAUGACAGUGUUGAUAAAAUGCCGUGCUUCAUUCCUUAUAACCUGAUAACACAACAUAGUAUUCCAGACAAGAGUGUAGCUGACUGUGUGGAAGCGCUUAUUGGAGCAUAUCUCAUUGCAUGUGGGCCAAGAGGUGCCCUGCUUUUCAUGGCAUGGUUAGGAAUUUGUGUUCUUCCAAAAGAAGAAAUUAUUUUGAAAAGCAGUAGUCCAAACCUCAUUCCUGAGGAGAGACCGGUUGGUAGUUUAAAACCAGCAUUUGUAUGUGAAGACAGUGAUGGGACUGCUGUCUGGAAGCAGGUGAGAUAUGGCACAUUGCAGUCACCUCCAUCACCACUUCUCAGGAAUGUCUCAAAUCCAGAGCGGAAGUUGGAAGCCUUACUUGAUGGAUAUGAUGUAUUUGAACAAAAAAUUCAGUAUAAAUUUCGUGAUAGGAGUUACUUGCUACAGUCACUCACACAUGCUUCCUACUCACCAAACAGACUUACAGAUUGUUACCAAAGGCUUGAAUUCCUGGGAGAUGCUGUUCUGGAUUACCUUAUCACUCGUCAUCUGUAUGAAGAUUCACGUCAACAUUCUCCGGGUGCUUUGACUGACCUACGCUCAGCUCUUGUGAAUAAUACAAUAUUUGCAUCACUUGCUGUUCGUUAUGGCUUUCACAAAUACUUCCGUCACUUAUCACCAGGAUUAAAUGAGGUUGUUGAUAGAUUUGUUCGUAUUCAAGAGGAAAAUGGACAUACAAUUAGUGAAGAGUACUAUUUAAUUGAAGAAGAAGAAUGUGAAGAAGCUGAAGAUGUUGAAGUCCCAAAAGCACUUGGAGAUGUUUUUGAGUCAGUUGCUGGAGCGAUCUUUCUGGAUAGCAACAUGUCUCUCGAUGCUGUUUGGAGAGUGUACUAUCGGAUGAUGAAAUCAGAAAUAGAGCAAUUCAGCACUAAUGUACCAAAAUCACCAAUCAGAGAACUUCUUGAACUGGAGCCAGAAACAGCAAAAUUUGGGAAACCAGAGAAACUGGCCGAUGGCCGUCGUGUGCGUGUCUCAGUGGAAGUUUUUGGAAAAGGAAUUUUUAAAGGAAUUGGUCGUAAUUACCGAAUUGCCAAAUGUACUGCAGCAAAAUGUGCCUUGAAGCAACUUAAAAAGAAAGGAUUACUUUCUAAAAAGUUAUGAAGUAUGUUAGAGCAUCAUUCUAUUAAUUUGUUUUCUCAGCCAAGAGACUUCCAGCAAAUUAAUCAAGGAGUCUCUGUAGUGUUACAGUUUACUUACUGUUAAGCAGUAUACCAUUUGUAAGAUUUCUUUAGUUAUAUUAUUAUUAUUAUUAUUAUUAUUGUUGUUAUUAUUAUUAUUUUCCAAUGAAAACCUGGAGUUUACAAUUUUGCGUUCUGCAUUUUCCUCCACUAUCUGCUUUAGACAUUCAUAAAUGGCAUGUUUCCACUUGAGUUUUGUUACUAUUCUCAGAUUUAUGUUGGAAUUUCCUCCUUUUGAUUGACAUUAUUUUUAUUGAUAAAACUAAAUUUGGGUGGUGUGGAAAGAACAGUGUUGUCCAAAUAAUUUGGAAAUUACGGACAUAUGUAAAGAAUUGUCAUAGCCAGUAAACAAGGUAACAGUUGCAGGCACUACUCUAAUCUGUGCUACAACCAGCAUUUGAAGUAGUUUGAAAGGAAUCAUCAUAUAAAUCUAACAUUAUGGACACAAGCAGUGGGCAGACUUCAUUGGGAGAAUUUAGAAGGUACAGUAUGUGUUGGUUCUCUUAUUUAUGGCCUGUAUGAUUGGUUUUAAAGUCACUUGUCCCAAUCACCAGUUCCCAAGUGCUCACUUCCUAAAUGAUGUCACUUCUAUUAUACUUACUCAUGUGAACCAUUCAUAAAAACACAAAACUCACUGAUUAGUGCAACAGAUCCAUCACAUGUACUGUUACUGAAGCCCUAAUUUUGCAUUUAACUGCCUACACAAGCAAUUCAUAUGGUAACAAAAGCUCCAGCACUCCAGGUGAAUUACAAUUCCAAGAAGUAAACCACCACAAGCAAAGAAUAAUAAUCUUUCUCCAAAACAUUUAUCAAGCUUUAAAUGAAAAGUAAUUGCAAUGUACUUUAAUAAAUGGAAAAAUAAGUCACUGCAGAGUCACUCCAGUCCACUAAAUUUUUAAAAGAAAGACAGUGAAUUGCUGGAAUUAAUCCUUCACAUUUAUUCUGAGAACACUUAUACAAUUAUUGUACCUUGUAAUCUCUAAUUGUUUGAAAGUGAAAUUCAAUUUCUGGCAGUGUCUGUUAGGCUGGCGUGGUGCAUGUAAAUGAGUAUGUCAGUUGCGAAUGGACACAGUGCAAAGACUCACUCUAAUACAUUCAUAUGUUGUUCUUAAUUCUGCAGAAAAUAUCGGUAGAUGGUUUGUGUAGCACCACGUGCUCCUCGAUUGUUUUGUGCCUCCGAGUUGGUCAGCCAGCUGCUGUAUUCCCCAGUACAUGGUGUUGCAUGGCAUCUUGGACCCUCUUUAAUGUUGACAUGAAACAUAUUUUUCACAAACAUUAAUGAAAAGAUUUUUCCACGUUUGUCACCUCUCUUCCAUCAACUGGCAAACAUUGUCAGUGCAACCAUCUGUCAUUAUUACUUUACAAGUGUAAAUUAAAAAUACACAUGUACGGUCGAUUCAGUGUGCCUGUUAUUAUUGUAUGAGUAAACCAGCUGUGAAUGAAACUUCUGUAAAGACUAUUAUUUACUGUAGUUUUAAAUGGAUGUGUAGAUAUAAUCAUGAUAGAUAAAAAUUCUUUGGUGACCUUAGUCAAGAAAAUUAUGAAAUUUCUGUAGAAAAACUGGAAAUGAAAGUCGAGGCACUUACUUUCAUUCCAGUCUUUAAUAACUGUCUUUUUUUCUUUCAUUUCUAUUUAAUAUUGGACUCAUUAGAAAACUAAAAAAAAAAAACAUUAUUUACUCUCUCUUCAGUGUAUCAUUCACAAAUUGAAUAGAAAAGUAGCAAAUCCUAUGCAAAAAGCAGUCCUCUUCAACUUGUAAAAAAGUGGUUUGUGUCAUGUAGAUGUGGAUUUUGCUUCUACAGGCCACUUUGUUAUGGCUAAAUGGCUUGAGGUUGCAAGUUCUGUUCCAGUCAUAGGUGGAAUGUCUGGAAAGAGACUGCAUGUCAUAUGUUUCUGUGCAUAUUGACUUACACAUGCUCUGUUACCAUUAUAGUUACAAAUGAGUUAUUACAGAUUUUCUUUUUCACAUAUUUUGACUGCUAAUUUUGUACUGGCACUUUUAAUUUAAUAUUAAUUUUGAUUCAAAUACCAGUCUUUCUACUCAAGUGUAGUAAUUAAGUGUAUUGAACAUUUUUAAUGAAAACAAGUUGACUAAAUAAAUUACUCUUGUCUGUAUUCUGCAUCAUCAUUAAGGUGAUCUUUGAAACUAAUUACAAGAACUGCAGCACACAGUCUUUCUUUCUCAUUCAUUUCACUGUUCAAUUGCUGCAUUUCAUUCAUCUCUUUUUUUCUCUUUGCAUUAAAAGAGAUGCUAACACUGUGUAGGAGCCCCCCCCCCCCCCC